GCGGCUGUUCCUCCUUAUCUCGUAUGCAUGUGUGUGGUUUGUUCUUAACCAAUUAAAAAGAAGAAAGAAAGAAAAACUUGAUCUCAUCUUAUAAAACACUUGUUCAUCAUUUUGAUAUGAUAAUGUCCACAAUCAUGAGUAUCUUAUACCAGAGUCUUGAAUCCGAUGGCAGAAUUCAAGAGUUUUACAGUGAGAUACCCAGUGGAACAACAAUGGAAGCUCAUGUUAUUCCAAACUGCAGAAUUCAACAAGACAAAGGUGUGUUUGCAAACUAUCUGUGGGUUGCAGUUUCUGUUGGUAUUAGAUUUGUAUGGCGUAGUAGAGUACUUGCCUGAUGAAGUGGGAGACUUGAUUCACCUCAAGUAUUUAUGCUUGAGCAAGUCAAACAUAAAGAAACUUCCACCUACCAUAGCUAAUCUUCAAAAACUACAAACACUGGAAGUGCAUAAUUGUUCAAAGCUAUUCGAACUACCUGUAGAAAUUCUAAAUAUUAAACAGCUUCGGCACCUUUUAUUGUGCGAUAUCUUCGAAUAUGAUUGUGGAAUUAGGGUUCCAAUGGGGAUUGGAAAAUUGGAAAAUCUUCAGACAUGCACUGGGAUUUAUGCUGGUACUGGCAUUGCUAGUGAAUUGAGUAAUUUGACCCAGCUACGAAAACUUCAUGUUCUUGAUGUGUCUGAGGAUCAUGCCGAUGAGCUAUUUGCAUCCAUCAGAAAAUUGGAAAACCUUGUUUGCCUAUCACUAGAUGCAGAAGAAGUUGGCAAUGACACACUUCUGCCUGAAUUGGCACCAUUUUCUCCUCCACCUCAUCUUCAAGAGCUUGUUUUAAGGGGUGGUCUAGUAGAAUUGCCUAAUUGGCUUCUCUCCAUGGAAAACCUAACCACUCUAGUACUAGGUCGUUCUGAUCUCUUGGAGGAACCAUCUUCAGAUCUUCAGUUUCUUCCCAAAUUAAAACAUCUUAGACUUUGGGAAGCUUACAGGGCAAAGAUCAUUGGUAAAGAGUUUUGUGAGGCAGGUGGAUUUUCGGAGCUAGAAACUUUGACAAUUGCUUCAAGUGACCUAGUGGAAUGGACUGAGAUUGUGAAUGGGGCUUUUCCAAGUUUGAAGCGUCUUCAAUUUUGGAAUUGUUAUAAUUUGAGAUUUCUACCUGAAGGUUUACAAAACAUUUCUACUAUUCAAGAGUUAUACAUAACUCAUUUGCACGGAGACCUUUCAAGGAGAUUGAGCAGUAAAGAAAAUUACAAGAUCAAGCAAAUUCCAAAACUCUAUUUUUGGGACAUGUCAAGUUCCUGAAGAAGUCACUGAAAUUCUCUAAUGCCCCAUCAAUAAAUGAAGGUUAAAAAAAAAAAAGAUCUUUUUGAGAUUUAGGAAAUGCUAGAAUUGGAAUCUUUAAAUCUUCAAUAAUUCAGGACGGGGCAAUUGCUAUCGUUUUUUUUUUUUAAUUAUCAAGUAUUCAAGACGUUAUAAUGCUUGUUAUGAA